CCGCCGGGAUGGGAGAGUGGCAGGGGGUGAGUCCGCGGCCGGAGGAGCCUGGUUGCGGGUCGGUCGUAGGGGCUGCUGCGGGAGGGGCUGAGCCCGCCAUGGAGCCGGUGACCAGGUGGAGCCCGAAGCAAGUGGUGGACUGGACUAAGGGCCUGGAUGAUUGCCUGCAGCAAUAUGUCCAUAAAUUUGAACGAGAAAAGAUUAAUGGUGAACAACUCCUACAGAUUUCUCACCAGGACCUUGAAGACUUGGGUAUCUCACGGAUUGGACAUCAGGAACUGGUUCUAGAGGCUGUGGAUCUCCUGUGUGCACUGAACUAUGGCCUUGAAACAGACAAUAUGAAGAAUCUGGUUCUCAAGCUGCGAGCGUCAUCCAACAACCUGCAAAAUUACAUAAGCAGCCGUAGGAAAAGUUCAAAUUAUGACGGAAAUACCUCUCGCAAGCCCCCCAAUGAAUUCCUUACUUCUGUGGUAGAGCUUAUUGGUUCUGCUAAAGCCUUGCUUGCAUGGUUGGACAGAACCCCAUUUACAGGUAUCGCUGACUUUUCAUCAAUGAAGAACAGAAUCAUUCAGCUCUGCUUGGAUCUCACUACUACUGUUCAGAAGGAUUGCACUGUGGCUGACAUGGAAGAUAAAGUCCAGACUGUGGCCAAGACUUUAAAUGGCAUUUGUGAUAAAGCCAUUCGAUCAACUACAGAUCCACUGAUGAACCAGUGUGCCUGUUUGGAGGAGGUUCACUUAACCAACAUUAAACCUGGGGAAGGCCUGGGAAUGUACAUAAAGUCAACUUAUGAUGGAUUGCAUGUAAUUACUGGAACUACAGAAAACUCCCCUGCUGAUCGCUCUCAGAAGAUUCAUGCUGGUGAUGAAGUGAUCCAGGUUAAUCGGCAAACUGUGGUUGGAUGGCAACUAAAAAAUCUGGUGGCAAAGUUGAGAGAGAAUCCUGCUGGAGUUAGGCUGCUGCUUAAAAAACGUCCUACUGGCUCUUUCCAUUUUACUCCUGCUCCAUUAAAGAACCUGCGCUGGAAACCACCCUUGGUGCAGACCAGUCCUCCACCAACUUCAACUCAGACACCAGAAAGCACCGUGGAUACCUCACUGAAGAAAGAGAAGCCAGCCAUUUUGGAUCUGUACAUACCCCCUCCACCAGCUGUUCCGUAUUCUCCUCGAGAUGAAAAGGGGAGUUUUGUGUAUGGAGGAGGCAACAAACACAGUCAACCAUUACCUGGGUCCAAGGGGGCCGAGUCUCCCAAUUCUUUCCUGGAUCAGGAGAGUCGAAGACGAAGGUUUACUAUUGCUGAUUCAGAUCAGUUACCCGGGUAUCCUCUGGAAGUAAAUAUCCUACCAGCCAAGAUGAGGGAAAAAACACAGUCCUAUGGAAAACCUCGUCCAUUGUCAAUGCCUGCUGAUGGAAGUUGGAUAGGAGCUGCGGAACGCUUCUCUAGGCCACGAGGAUUAGGGAGAAAAGGUGAAGAUGUCCUCUGCAGGUACUUCAGUAAUGAAAGGAUACCCCCAAUCAUUGAAGAAAGCCCUUCCACGCAGCACCCCCUCUCCAGGCCAGUGUCUGACAAGCAGCUAGUGAAGGGAACAGAUUAUAUUCGAGGCAGCAGGUGUUUUAUGAAUACAGACCUCCACAACAGUGCAACAAUUCCUUUUCAAGAGGAAGGUGCUAAAAAGUCAUCGGUUACAUCAUCCACAAAACACUCCUCUGCAGAACCCUCGCUGCUGGUCAGUUGGAUCACAAGACUGAAAUUGUUGACUCACUGACUAUUGUCCACAGUGCUCUUACCAAGUGCCUUUGCUCAUCGAUCAGACUUCUCUACUUUUCAGCUUAACUGACGCAUAAUGCGGUAUUCUUUUCCUGGAGAACCUUAUAUUUUUGCCUUUUUGUGAUUUUUGACAGAUCAGAGGGUGUCAUAGUGCAAGGAGGGAAAAAAGAUAAAGAUCAAGUUCCUCUUCCUGGCCAAAAGCUGAAGUCAUUUAUUCCCAUGGAAAUAAGUAGAAUUCAGUGAGAUAGAGGCCACACAUGACCUGGAAUGUGCAUAGUGACUCAGAGGAAAGAAUUGUGUUACCGUGAAGUCCAGUGGCACUUCAGUUGUCUGAAUGCUCAGAGACUGGUGUGACUGGCUGGUUGUCAGAGUAUGCAGAGCUCAGCACAAGUUGCGUUACUCUCCUGACCAGGAAAGAUAAGCAAAGAAACAAUGGUUUUAUACAACUUAGUGAUGCUGUUGCAAAUACUGCGUGAGAUCAACCUUGUGAGGAAGAAGUAAUAGUGUUGCUAUUCUUUCUCUGAUACCAGAGAUUCUAUGAAGGCUUAGGAAGAGAGUUCUCUCAUUCAGAGAUUUUAGGAAAUUGAACUAAUUUAAUUAUAAAUCAAUCCAACCUGAUAUAUAAACUAUUUUAUUGAAAUCACAGUAGAAAUAAAGAGCACUGAACAACUGAAGUGCUUGUCUGUAAAGGUAUAUGGAUUGCUACAACAUGCCAAGGAAAUGCAUCUGUAGAGGUGGUAAAAGAAUAUACAUUUUUUCCUUAAUUGUUUAAGAAUGAUUUGCUGUUAACCAAAGUAACCUUUUAAAGACAGUCCUGUUGGACUUAUGAGAACUUUUACAAUGGUUCAGUUUUUGAAUGAUGUGUUGUUUUUAUGAAAAAUAUGUGCUAUCAUACACUACAAUUGUAAGACAUUUGCUAUUUUCUAUAUAGCUCAAAUCUUUACCCCUCCAGAAUUUUGAAAUAGCAUUGGGUAUUUUGGGAGGAAAAUAAAACUUGUUUAACUAAAGAGGAGGAUAUUAAAGAGGUAUUGUUCAAAACAGAAUGUACAUAGGACUGCUAAUAUGCAAACUUAAAAAAAGUUUAAAGUAAUUUAAGUGUUAAAUAUAGUUGUAUAUAUUUUUUACACUUAAACAGAUACUGUUUGUACCUUCCUGUAUUGCAGUACUGGGCACAGCUUAGUCAAAUGAAAGGUUUUUGCGUUCCUUGCUAAUUAUAAGACUAACUAUUUUUGUAGAUGAUACAUUGCCAAGAGCCUUUACUCCUUUGGUCUUGCUGAAAAGAAGGAUUUGUAUUUAAUAAUUGGUGGGUAAAGACGGGAGUUAAAUACUAGUUUUCACUUUGGACUGGGGCAGGAAUCACAUGUGAUAACAUGAGUGUUAAAAACACUAUAAUUCUGGCUGUGAACAUGUGACCAUUCUGUUGCAAUAAGCUUAUGAGGUUGUGCUACAGCCCCGCAGAGAGAGACAGGGUGUUUCAGUUCUCAAUUAAAUAUGUUUGAUUGUGAGUGGUGAUUUAGGUGGGGGCUGGUUUGGACCUUUCUGAUCAAAGCAGAUUAUAACUUGUCCAUUUUGUGGACUCUUCUCCACUGCCUGAGAUGGCAGUCUGUACUAGAGAUGUGACCAAACACUGCUGCAAUGCAGUUGAACCCUAGAACGGUUUGGUUCUGCCUCCAAGAAGAGGGCUGAAACUGCCAUGUUGUGGGCACUGUGAUGUAGUAUAGUCCAACCUCAAAUUGACUGAACUGUUUUAAAGUAAAUCAGAGUUACUGAACUAGAUCAAAGAUGUUGUCUAAACAAGACUUUUAAAAUGGAAAUUUUGCUCAUCUCCAAUGUCCUGUUUUCCACAGUUUAAGAGUGCUCUAUAGUUUAGGGGUAAAAAAAAGUCCCACAGAUCUAGGAAUAAAUCACAGUCAAUAUCUUUCUGGCAUAACCUGAGAAAAAUGUAGGUAACAAGUUAGAAACUGCUAUUAUGCAGAAACCUGGCUUAUUUCUUGGUAUCAAAGGUACAUGUAUCUGUUCUAUCAAAAACUAUGCCGAGGCUGACUUCCCUAAUUAGUGCAACAUACAUAUCCAGAUAUCCUGCCAUGGUACAGCACUCCACAGUACUCUGAAUACUCUGUCACAGCGGCAAAACAACACAGUUAAAUGGAAAAGAUCAUAAACCCCAUGAAAAUGGAAAAGAAUAUUUAGUAUUCCUGCAUAUAUGUAUAGUGAGGAAGGUGUAUUUCACAAAUAGAGAGCAGGCUUCUGUUUUAGUCUGUAGAAUAUUUGCAAGGCAGUACCUUGAGUGUUCCCUUACAUAACUGUUGCAAGAAAAUACUAUUUUAGAUAGUAAUGUGCAAGAGGAAAUAAGACAUAAAUAUGAAUAUUAAUGGCUUGUAGAGACAGAGUUCAGGGCAAUUCUUCAAGCAAUAUGUUUCCUCUAUUAUUAUGGAUAAUUAAAUUAAUCAGUGUUUGAAUUCUGGAUGGCCAAAAGAGGUGGACAGACUACUGUAUUAUACUAAUUUUAUGCUAAUCAACUAACUGAUAACCUUUUCUUCCUCAUAAGCAGGGCUUGUUUUAAAAACGGCGUAUUCCAUAAGCUGGGUGCUCAUCGAACAGAAAGAGAGGAAAAAAUAAAAAUCUAAAACUUAGCCAAAUGAGGAAACAGAUGAUGAAGACUAAUUUUAUAGUUGGAGAGAAUAAAGAAUUUUCUUCUUGCGUAUUUUGUCCAAAUCUUAUGUUCUGUUUUAUUACCUUGCCAGCAGACAGCCUUCACAAACUGCUCUAUACCUGCAGCCACAUCCUGAAUAGACCAAGUUAAACCCCUCAUCAGGCUUUAACUUAGACCUUGAGCUCAAACCUUUUUUUACUUCCCUGGGAGGUUUUGCUUCCCUAGGAGUUUUUCUGCAUUCAUCAGUCAAUUUUGGGAAUAUCUUACACAUGAUGGACAGCAAGGCUCUUGUGUGCAUGCAUAUUCAGAAAUGCCUUUGCCAACAGGAUUGGUAUCUUGAAGGAAGGUGUUUGUUGUUUGUGUUGCGUGUGUUUUCUGCGCUGAAAUAAGUACUACUUCUCCCAGCUUCCACUCUACAUCCUAGUGCACCACCUCAGAGUGUGAGUUAGAAAUACUCAUGUACAAUUGGAAAGAAAUGUUAGGUCCUUUGGAGUACUCUGACUUUGUCCUGCUGUACAGCUGUAGCUUCUUUUUUCUCUGUAGCCUGAGUUUUUCUUUGCACAUGCUGCGGUGAUGGAGCAUGUGCUCUUUGAGGCAAUCACAUAUUGUCACCUUGCAGAAUGUAAGGUUUUUAUAAUGGACAAGAGCUCUCAAGAAAGCCAUUGACUUACACUAAAAUAUAGAAGGAGCACUCCAAAAGGACUCAGCUUGUAGAAUGAAGAAAGAGGGACCAGGCUAAGCUACAUGUAUUAGUCUGUGUUGUGUUGAACGCUGUUUCAGCUGCAUGGCAGUAACUCUCAAAGAAAGCAACUCACACAAGUACAGUAUGCAUGUACUUCUACUGCUACAUUUGUAUGAUGCUAGAAUAUGAAACAGUCAUUCAAAGUAGUUAUGUAUAGUUCCACACAUGGUACUUGAGCUGUAAUAUGUAUAACAAAAGCAGUCAAGAGCUGCUGUCAAUAUGUAAUUUCACCAAAUUCUACUGCCCACGCUGCUGCUGCUGCUGCAUCAGUUUAAAAUAGUAUACCCUCUUUAUCCUGUUGCCUGCACGAUGCAGACCCAGCUCUCUGGCAAGUCCCUAAACAUCAGUUUUGUCUUCUUUUGUGAUAGUGACUGCUGGUGAGAUUGUGUCAUUCCCACGGGGCCUCAUGCAGUGAUCCAAAAGCUUAGUUUGGAUUUUUCUGGACUUAGUCCAAAAGUGGAAGGUCAAAUUUAAAAACAAUAUUACUGAACCAGUAUUACUUCGAGUUGGGAUUUCUUUUUUAUACAUACUAAAUACGAAACAGGGAGGAGCUGUCUGUUGCCAGAAGGAGGAAAAAUAAGGAUUACAUAUUCAGUGGAGAAAAAAACUCCAGAUCUUUGGGUGUCCUCCAGUUCUUGCCAGUGUGAGAAAUGUGUUUGUUUUAGUGUGACAUAGAAUAGAUGUAAACAUUUCUUUUUAAACCUCCCUGUGUGGCCAACAACCUCAGUUGUUCAGGAUAAUGUAAGCCACUGACUUUCUCCCUUAAGUGGUUAUAGAGUUGGCCCAAUAUGUUUUUUUGGGAGAGGACAAAGAUACCUUUUCUUAGGCAAAUACAUGAUUGAUUAACUGGAUGUGGAGACAGAGGAAUUCAGCAUAAAACUAGUGCUGGAGAGUGCUGAUUUAUUGGGAGAAUCCUUGGGAUCAGUUUAAGACUGUGGUUCCUGUUUGUUCCCUGGGCUCUGGUGAGGAUGCACGGUUCACUAUGCAUCUAUGCAGGGUUACAGUUUGGCAGCUAGGCAGCAGCCAAGGAAUCAGAAGACAGCCCAGUCCAAUUUACUAUGCCAUCUUCAGCAAGGUGGGUUAGUUGUUUGGGCUUCUUUGGUUUUGAUUUUUUGGUUGGUUGCUUGUUUCCCUUCCCCUGUCUCCAUAAGUGUAGCCCUCCUUCAGUAAAAAUGGGCCAAAGUAGGAACUUUUGAAAUGUACCUGUGGAGCAAACACAACAAGAUCCUGAUGAAGCAGUGGGCUGUGCUUACUGAUGAGGCCAAGCUGCCAUGUGUUUAGAUGUGCUCUGGGAAUGCCUUUGCAGGUUAUGAGCCUCAGACCUUGUGACUUUUGCUCAGAGACUUUUUUGUUCAGGCAAUAUUUACUGAGAGGCAUAGAAAAUGCCACAGUCUAAACUGAUAUAUGUAUUUAAUGUUCUUUCCCCAAGUAAUCACGUAUCUCAAUGUUACCUAAUAAUGGGUUUUCCUCUUCUAUCCCCCAUUAGCUGUUUUCAGUACAAAUGUUUCUCAGGAAAUCCUCCCAUAUUUCCAGGGUAAAUGUUAGUAAUUCCAAGUAGUCACAAAUAGACCAUAAUAUUUUAAACUGUAAAAAAACCAAACAAACCAAAACAAACAAAACCAAAACACAAGAAGAAACAUUUUUUCUACUUUGUGAAUAACAACUUUAUUAAUAAUAAUGAAACUAAGGAUUUUUACUCAGGUGAAAGAUCAGCCAAACUUUAGUGGCUGCAUCUUGGGUGAUUUGUUUGAUUUUAUUACAUGAUAGUAGGAAGUGAGGUCUGUUGUUCAGGUAUUGUAGAUUCUUGCAGAGCAACUGUGGUGUUUAAAUGUGUCUCCACAGAACCUGACUAAAGGCUUUCUUAGGUGUAAUGCAGCUUCUCAUAAGACUGUCUUCCCCAACCCCACUGAAUGUCCCAUUGAAUAUGCAGAAGUCUUAAUAUCAUGACAUAGUUCUUGACCAUUUGUUUCUGGUGGGAAGUUGAUGUAAGUUGCUAUAAGUGAGUAGGAUGAGAAGAAAAUACAUGAUGUCCAAAAUUAAUUAUUUCCCUUUCUGUAUGUCCUUCUUCCUCUUUGACAUUCUCUUGCUUACACUAAGGCCAAGAGACUUUCCAGGAAUUUAUUGCACAAACAAACAGCUAUAAAUCCUUUUAAUAUUUAUAGCAUAAUCUAGUUUGUUUUGAUGUCUGAGAUAGUUUUGGCCAGAGCUUUCCAGUAAAAAUAGCACUGCGCACAAGACAGUAUUUCCAAGCUCUUGAUUCUUUUAGGAAUUCCUCUCUGCUUAGUAAACUGUUGGCUUAUGCUCUGCUUUGAAGCUGCUUAGACCACCCCAAGCAGUCCUUGGCCUUUUAGGUCCAAACACAUUGGCUUCUUAUCGCUGGACAGGAAGAAAGGUCUGUGUUUUUUCCUUGCUUGGAGUUUUUUAACUCUGGAUUUGCAGGUCACAUUGGAGAGAUGGAUGCAGACCUACCACAGAGGUCUCCUGUCUUUCCCUGCCUGCCCUCUCCUGCUGUCUGUGCAGUGGCUAGGCAGGAUGGAGGGACAAGAAGGCAAGGAGGAAUCCAGAAACUAAAGCAGCAGCCCCUCUCUUCCCUUCCUCCUGCUUAGGAGAUGAGCGGCAGGCCUCUGAUUCACCUCUCAAAACACGUUUAGAAAGGUUUUGAUUUUGGUUACAGAGGAGAUGAGUAAUUGUUCAGGUAUGUUUUUAGAAGUAAUAAAGAUGGGAAGUAUGAAUGCUUAGGAUCAAGUGGACCUAAUUGUUUCCCGCGGGAUGCUGCUGCAUGGGGCUGGGCAUUAACCCUUGAAGCAGUAGGCUCCAUGGCACCCUCUCCUGCUGUCACUUGGGUGGCUCUGUAGCUUUCUUUCAGGGAUGGGCUGGAUUUUUACUGACAGCUUUCUGCUGCCUUGUAGUCAAGUAUGGGAUUUCCUUCCUCCCCCACUGUGGCUUUUUUUGUGAGCUGGGAGCCAGGUGAGACUCUCUUCCCAUUAGCAGGGAGAGAGGAGAGCCUGGUGUGGUGUAUUGCCUCAUACACCUGGUUCUCAUUUCUUGUGGGCGAUAAACUGUACUUGAUUGCUGUGGCUGUGGUCCCAAUGAGUUGUAGGUCAGAACUAGCUUAAGGGUAUACUUGAAUAGCAAAUGAAUCUGGGACUGGAAAACUAAAAAAAAAAAACAACAAACAGAAACAACCCCACCAGAAUAAAAGGCUAAUGUGACAAGAUACAUGAAUUGUUCUUUGCUUUGCAAAGUUUGUUUUCCUCUGGAAGUGUGAGAACAUUGUGUAGGGAUGAAUGUGUUGCACAGUGUUAAUGCAGAGGUAAUGUGAGGGAGCUGUUGUUUAAAAACCAAAAAGGCUUGGCAGCACGUGAGUUCCAGGUAUGGCACAGACAAGUUUCACCUGGUGCUGCACAGAGGCUUUUAUUAAAGCAAAGUGGACCAGUAAGCUGGGCCUAUCUGAGACAGGCAGUGAGGCAGACGCCCCAAGGUGCUCACUCACUGGUGAAUCUGGCCACAAGAAAUGUGUUUGACCUGCUACUGCCUGAGGCUGGCUGCUGUCCUUGGAAUGGAUGUGGUCUCUAUGUGGGAAAUAAGGCCUCUAGCAGAAUGUAGAAGAGGCUCAGGUUUCGGUAUCAUGACUCAUUUUCCCAGGGGUUGACCAAAGAGCAGGGGGCGUGAUGGGGAGCUGUCAUGAGAUGUACUCCUGUUGCUAUUAAGAAAUGGCAGGGAUUGAAAACAUAUAUCACCAGAAAUUUGAAGUUCAGAAAACCUGGACCACCCAUGGUAGCCAAAGCACAUGACAUCUCCCAUGGGUCACUCCUGCAAAUGGGAAUUUUUGAUCUAGUUUGCAAUGAAAUAUUUGAUGUUUUCAAAAUGUAGAAGAUUUCGGGCACCGUCUGGUCUCACUCAGUGUUUACUGCUCACAUAGCUGGCUGUGAGAGGAGACAUAUUGGCAAGGGUGGCCAACUCUGGUAGUGUUGACUCAGGGCAGGAGCUGUGAGGUGAGAGCUGACUAGUUUGAUACAAGCUUUUCAGGUUGGAUGUGUGUAACAUAUCUACAUCUUAACAGGAAGUGGAAGUCAGUGAUAAAAUCACAAAAAACAUACAAAAACCAUUAGCAGAAGAAGAGAUGCUGCCAAAACAUGGUUUUCUGUUGCUUUCCAGUACUCUUGCCUAGAUUGCACCUCUAAGACAAAGUCCCAGGUGGUGCCCUAAUGAAAAGUGGCACACUGGGUAACCCCCUUUGUUGUUCAAAGCACCAGGCCAAGCAAUGUUUCUGUUAAUUUUCCUAUAGGUCUUGAGUGACUUCCAGUGACAACCAGACAAUUCAGUCUGUUGCCACCUUUUCCUUUUGCUCAAGGUGCCCUUGCUGAGCACCUUAGAGCAGUUUCUGCAUUGUCACACUUGUGUGCCUGCAGAAGGCAAUGUUGUGUUCAACAUGCUUGUGCUGCUUUUAUACUUGAGGAUAAAUAAACAUUUCUUCUGCUAACUUAACAGGGCUUGUCUGUCCAGAGGUUCUGUACAAUGCAGCACUAAGUCUGAUCCUUCUUUCUAUUUUUUGUGUCAAAUCUGAUUAGUUUAUUAUGAGCUGUUUCUGAUUUAUGACUGAAGGGGUGAAAUGAAAAUAGGAUCUUGUUGAUGAAGAGGACUCAAGUGAACGUUUGAACAAAUGAGUAAAGGCCAAGGAAAUUAGAGAAGUAAAACCAGGCACUAAUUCUUUAUCUUUGAGCAGUGUUAAACAUAAAAUACACCAAGUAAAUGUGUAUGUAUUUUGCAUUUGUGUGAGUUUUUUAUCUCAGCCUACUCUCUGGAAACUCUUAAGAUUAUUCUCCUACAAGUUUCCAGCUGCAGGUAACUGUGGGACACUUAUGAUGAAGCUGCUCCUUAUUGUGCUGUUGUAUUCUGGAGGAGCAGACUUCUUGCAACAUCUGGCUUUUCUGUUCCUUCCUAGCCCUCCCACUCUAAAACCAGUGCACAUCAAGUCAGGUGGCUUUCAAAAUUAUGAGCUCGUCACUAGAUCCUCUUUUCAUUGUCCUGUUUGGUGCAACUUUUGAGAACAAUAUAAAAUGGAUUUUUGAAGUCUGCAGAUGCUGCAGUACAUAAGCAGUGGGAGAUGUAACUAUCUACAGGUUUGAGAACUGGAGCCAUUGUAAGGUAACAGAUACACUGCUUUAUUUAAGAUGAAAAGUUGUUCUUCCAAUAGAAAUUGGGUUAUGUUCUUGGACUAUUAAAUACACAUUUGAUUCAGAAAUGCACAAAGCACCAUUUGUGCGCCACUUAGUAAAGUUCACGUGGAAAAGCUGAAUCAUCCAAGCCAUCUGAAUGAUGCACACUAUUCAGCAGGCAGCUGGUGAUCUCUCUUCCUGUAGUCGGGGCUUGGGUGGGGGAGGAAAAGGAAGACAGGAGUCUCUGUGGGGGGAGACCUAUUGGUUCAUAUGUGCAAACUUUAUGAUUUUCCUGAGAGAUCUCUAAAUUUGUGGUAAGUUAAAACUAUAUUUAGAGAAUUGAAGAGGCAAUAUAUGUUGCAAUUGUGUUAUAAAGUGUUUUAUUUUAAAGUAAUAAUACUUUACACAUUUUUUAAACAUGCUUGCCUGUUAUAUUUGAAGCAGUGCUUCAUGGGGAAGACAUGGGAGUUGUGCUAGGGCUGGGUAUCGUUCAGACUGGAUGGCUUCUUUGCCUUCUGCUCCCCUCUUGAAAUCAGGAGGUGAACUGUGAGAUUUGGUGCCUCAGUCACCAGCCAAAAAAUGGUAACUCAAUUUAUCUCUCGUGCUACCCCUGUUGUAAACUUCUUAAUACUCAAUUUACGUUUACCUACUGAAGCUCAAUGGUAGUGAAGGGCUGUUUAAUGCUGGAAAAACUCUCAACUAAUGAGCUGGGAGUCUGUCUGAGACAGACAGGUGACAGAGCUUGAGGGGGGAACAAUAGUUUUGCAGACACCCCCACACAUAAUCCCUGCAGCUACAUCUUUAGUUUUCCACAUAUAGGAUGUAUCUAUUUUUCUGUGGGAUAUUUUCUUUAUAUUGACACUGGUGAAGAAGUGGUUUUUUUAUGAUCUAUCCCUUUAUAACAGUCUGUCUUACCUAUUUAGAUUAUAAGAAAAAUUUUUUUGUAGCAAGCCACGUCUUGCAGAUGUAACUUCCUGAGCUGCUGGGUCAGGGACUUAAUUGGCCUCUAUUGUAUUUCAUAGUACAGUUCGAAGAGUCUAAGGAGCAGCAGAAUGGAAAAAGCAAUGCAGAGAGGCUUUACUCAGAUCCUGUUAGCCUGACUUUUCUUUCUCUGUGUUUGUUUUUUUUUUUUUCCCCCUAAAGCUGAAGAGGAACACAACCAACAGCAUUCAAAUCUUCUUUUGAGUCUAUACCAAACUCUGUGAUUGUAUGAGAAAUGAACUGCCUGGGAACUGAUGGCAAAUUACUUGUAUUUCUAACCAACACAGAACAGAGAAAAAAAAAAAGGGUCAGGGCUCUUGUUCUCAGCAGACUCUUCAAGAGAACUUCUCAUUGACACUACUGGGGGGCACUUCCAUUCCUUUUGGUGAGUGUCACUUUAGGACUGGCAGUGCCUGCAAUAACCUGAAGUACAGGUAGUUCUAAUUAGGGGGCAACAGCCCCCUUGCUUAGAAAAAAUUGGCCUUUGAGGAAAUAUUAAAUUAUGUUGCAUAGUCUUAAGAAAAGGUGACUGCAUUGGUGUCUUAAGAACAAACAUUAAAGAUUUAUGUAAGAAAUUUAUAGGACCAGUUUUUAUAGGACAAGAGAUAGUAGGCUUAAAUUACAGCAGAGAGCUUGAAUUUGCUCAAAAAAACUAGUAAAGGAGAGUUAAGCAUUGGUUUAAAAUACUGAAGGGAGCUGUGGAACCUCCAUUAUUUGAUGUCUUUAAGAACAGGUUAGGCUGCCUCUGUCAAGAAUAGCCUGAGUAUAAUUGAUCCUGCUGGGAGGAGCAGACUUAGUGAUCUCUUGAUGUCUUUUACAACCUCAUGAAUUUGCAGAGAUGUGAGUAGGCUGUAUGUAAGUGCAUCCUGGUAGAGUUCAUCAAGAGCUUUCAGGCCCUUCUGAAUAAAAGCCACCAUACAUACUUCACCAUAACUGUAGUGAAGUUUUGAUGUUUAAAGGAGAUUGAAGCAAUCAAAUGAAUGCAUGAAAAGAUUCAGUUCAGUGACACCACACAAGAAGAAAGGACAGGGAGCAGUAACAUACAGAAUUAUUAAUUUUGUGGUUUUGUAGUUAUCUAGAAUAAAAUCAUCAUCUUCAAUUAUGAUUGUCAUUCCUUCAACUGAGGUACUUGCAGGACACUGGAAAAACAUAGCUAUUUAUUUUGAAGAACUAUGGAUUUUUUCCCCUUAGUAAAAGGAAAGUGUUAGGGAUGCCACUACACUUCUGAGUUUUUAAGGGAAAGCACUUUGAUAGAUCUAAAAGAUAGUUUAGCCUUUAAAAAUGAAAACAACAGAUUUAUAAAAUCUGCUCUUUUAUACUGCUUCCUUUGAGAUGAUAGAGUUGAAAGACACAUUCCCACACCCUUGCCAUUUCUAAUAUAAUCCUUAAUUUUUAAAAGGAAAGUAACUUGCGGACAGACAGGUUAGUUCUGUGCUUUUGGAAGUAUCUUGUUUCUGUACAUAAGUUCCCUGUUAAACUGCGAAGCAGAAGAGUACCCACCUUCAUCUUCUUUCAAUCAAUGAGUGUCCCAGGGAUAUGAACUUUGUGGAAAGGCACACAGAGUGAAUUAUACUGAGAGAUUAAUUUCUCACACAGUGGGAUUCGUCAGUGGCCAGAGUCUCCAGAAAGCAGCACCAGCUGCCCUGAAUAUUUUGGCAUUCAAGUCUGUUGAAAGCUCCAAAGAGGAGGAAGUGAAAGAAUGGUGGCAAGUCUCUUGCAAGCAGUUUUGGGGAUGUGGGACUUCAUUUGCACAUGAGUUCGACAGCUCUCUUCA